CAUUUUAAUAUGGGGCACUCUGGACGGCAGUCGACUUGAGUGAAGUCUUUCGAGGCUUUCUUGGUUGAGGGCGGAAGUGACCGCUGCGUGGUGCCGGCGGCGCCUAAAGAUCACACACGCGUGUGGGAGCGGCGCUCAUCAUGCUCCGUCGGGAGGCUCGCCUGCGCCGCGAGUACCUGUACCGCAAGGCCCGGGAGGAUGCACAGCGAUCCAUUCAGGAGAAGAAGGAGCGAGUCAAGCGUGCUCUUGAAGAAAACCAGUUGAUUCCCACUGAGCUACGCCGGGAGGCGCUAGCCUUACAGGGGUCCCUGGAGUUCGAUGAUGCUGGCGGUGAAGGUGUGACCAGCCAUGUAGAUGAUGAAUAUCGAUGGGCUGGGGUUGAGGAUCCUAAGAUCAUGAUCACUACCUCUCGAGACCCCAGUUCUCGUCUGAAGAUGUUUGCAAAGGAACUGAAGCUGGUGUUCCCAGGUGCCCAGCGCAUGAACCGAGGUCGGCAUGAGGUUGGAGCACUGGUGCGAGCGUGCAAAGCCAAUGGGGUCACUGACCUCUUGGUUGUCCAUGAGCAUCGAGGCACACCUGUGGGGCUCAUUGUCAGCCAUCUGCCCUUCGGUCCUACUGCCUACUUCACACUGUGCAAUGUGGUUAUGCGGCAUGACAUCCCUGACCUGGGCACCAUGUCAGAGGCUAAGCCUCACCUCAUCACUCACGGCUUUACCUCACGGUUGGGCAAGCGGGUGUCUGAUAUCCUUCGUUACCUAUUUCCUGUGCCAAAAGAUGACAGCCAUCGGGUCAUCACCUUUGCAAACCAGGACGACUACAUUUCAUUCCGGCACCAUGUUUACAAGAAGACAGACCACCGCAAUGUGGAGCUGACUGAAGUUGGGCCUCGAUUUGAGCUCAAGUUAUACAUGAUUCGCCUUGGCACGCUGGAGCAGGAGGCCACAGCAGACGUAGAAUGGCGCUGGCACCCCUAUACCAACACUGCCCGCAAGAGGGUCUUCCUGAGCGCCGAGUGAGCUGUGAGCUCCUGGCCAGUCAGGAUGCAGACUUGGACUCUUGGGGCAAGAACUGGUCACAGACAGAUUUACUAAUCCUAAGUGGAAACUGGAAGGAUUUAAAUAAACCCUCUGUUAUUAUGCUA